AGCAGCAACAGAAUGAGACAGAGAGAGAGAUAUAGAGCGGUAAAGAGUCGGAGGAGAGCGCUACUGAGGACUAAAGGACUAUCAGAGAAGAGAGAGAGAGACCAAGAACAAGGGAGAGGAGAAGAAUGCGGACCAAAGAGAACCUUAAGAAAAGAGCAAACCAGCAGUGCCCACAGAAUCCAUCCAACUCGUCAUCCACAGGCAAUUGGUCUCAGACUGAUGUUUUGGAAGUAGCCAAACUAGUAAGGAGGUCAUUAAUGGAAGGACAUUGAGAGCUUAUAGCCUUAUUGGAUAUUGAAUUCCUGUCUCAACCUUCCACAUACAAACUCUCUCACACUGCUGCACAAACACACACAUUCAUUUGGGUAAACAAAAGCUGGAAACAUUCCUGCUUUCUACUGGAUAUAAUCCUUCUGACGUUGGCUGAUGUCAUCGCUUGCCUCCAUCCCGUUCAGCUCCUCAGGGGGCUGAGCCAACCUGCAGAGGAGUAUGGGCAGGAGGGUGGCUGACCCAACCAAUCCAGUGCCUGCGCUGGGGGUUCCCCUGGCAGGGGGGCGAUGGGGCCCGCUGUGCAGCGUCGGGGUGCAGACAUCUCCCGGACUGCGGAUUCUCCCCUCCAUCAAACAACACGGCAGCCAGCCAAGCAACACACAUCGCCCACUCACCGUGGCAACAGGCAAAACGACGACAGCAGAGACAGGGGGAGUUAUCAGUAGUGACAGCAACAGUCUGCCAGUGUCCAAGGAGACAUCUCAGAACGAGAUCAACAGCCUGACACAGGACGACAUGGGAUCACAAGGGUCGGGCAGUGGAGUUUACUGCCAGAUCAAAAGUAUUCGGACAAACCCCAAGGACACAAAAGGUAAAAGGACAGCUCGGUAUACAAAUGGCAGUGUAGUAGCAUCUGAUGUGGUGGGAGGGGUUUGUACCGAGGCCACAGAAGGUAAGGAGCCGGCCCGUGAGAGGAGGAGGGUGCAGUCACUGCGCGGUGAAGGCCACCGCUCAGUGUUAAAGACGGGGAGCGUUUGUACAGCCGUGCACGCCACCCCACCUCGGCCCUGUCGAAUGAUGACGACUUCCCCGCCUCGCCUCUGUGGGACUUGUGGGAGGAGGCGAUCACAGAUUACACCGUGCACAGGCGCAUGUCGCAGGAGGGUUGUCAAUCAAAUAACAGCCAGCCAGACUUUACCUAAUCCGCCAAGGAAGCCGUCGGUGGCCCCCAGCCAGUCAAGAAAAGACUCUGCUCUGGACUCUCAGUCUUUCACCAAAAACACAGACACAGCAAACACCUCGUCGACAAAAACAUCUCAAAUACCGCAGCUGUCACACACUAUACCAAAAACACACAGCUCACAUUCCAACCACACAUCACACGGUCAGAACAAAACAAGAGAUUCAAAGCAGCAGACAAGGCCACAUUCUGCAGACUUUACUCAUUACAGGGACUCCGCCACACAAACAACAGACAUACACAACAGGACCACAGCUACCACACACACACAACAAGCACACACACCAUCUGCAGAGGUGACAGAACCGCAUUCAACUGACCAACACAAGCAUGACGAGGCCGAAAUCCAGCACGCCGAUGAACACACACACCAAUACACAGUAGUACAAAUCACUUCUAAGCCUCCAGCUUCUUCCCUUAACAGUGAAUCAAAACCCACCAACACCCCACCUCUCCCUCCGAAAAUCUCUCCUACAACCACUCGUUCCAAACCGAACACACCUGUAGCGCAAACCAAAAACACCCAGGAGACCACAAACACUCCCAAACGAAUCGACAAAUCUUCCGAGCGGAUCAAACUCAAGGACUACACAAAACAGAAGAGCAAAUCAUUUGACGACCACACACUGCCUUGUAAGACUCAUAUGAAAGCACAAUGUAAUGGGGCUCCGGGAGGAUUGCUGUUGGGUGGACACACAGGGAACGCUCCACGCGGGCUGGAGAGGCAGCUGCAGAGCGUGGAGGAGAACCUACUGUCCAAUCAGGAGAAGAUCAAGGUGCUUCUCAACGUCAUUCAAGACCUGGAGAAGAGCAAGGCCCUCAGCGAAGGUCGCAGCUCAUACAGAACUGGUCAGGACAUUAACAACUGCCCCACCUGCCAAAAGACAGCCUGCAUCAUCUACAGUGUGGAGCACGAUUUCAGACAGCAGGAGGGACGCUUCCAAGGAGUUAUGGAGGCCCUGGAGGGGGAGUAUGAUGUGCCUGCACCUACUCUGACCAAACCCAUGCCAGCACCUUCCUCCACCGGCCGCCCCGGCACCAAGGCCCGUGUCAAGAAACUCCGCAAGAAGUGUUUCUGGUGGCUCUAAGCUUUGGGAAAAUCACAACAGCCUUUUUGGGAAAGAGGUGCAUACAGGUGUGGACUGUGUUUCAGGAGACUCAAAAAGUAAAGCAUCUCUCUUGUGGUCAUGUGGCUGUGUAGCAUUUUUUUUCUCAGCAGCAUCUCUGUAAAUUACACUUUCUCCACAGCAAUCCAUCCUCAGCUCUGACAAAAUACACCAGGGAUCAGUUAGAAAAAGAGGGAAUGCACUACGGAAGGAAAGGAGAGCCAGAGGAGCUGUUGAGCUUUCCUGUCAGAUCUGUUUGAGCGGGAGUUUCACCAAAAGAUCAUCGCGAUCUUCUCUGUGCGGGAGCCAGACUUUAGCGGCUAAUUUGUGAUUAAAUUUUGACUAAGGGCGGGAUACUGCUUCCCAUGACACUUGUGUAACAACGAGAAGAAGUGUUUGACACUUUGGAUGUCAGACAGGCGUUCUGUUUGUAACUUGGCUGACUGGCUGUCUAGACAGAUGGAUAGAUAAUGUAUGAUCGGAUUUAUGCCAAGAUGGAUUCACGUCUACAGCUGAGAAUGAAUCUUCACAACAAUUUUGGCUAAAUUACAGCAAUAAGGAGGGGAACUGGAACUAUUCGGAAUACUGUGUCUUCGGAUGGCUUGACAGCCAAAAUUUCAAUGUGGCAACAACUGAAGCGCUAAGAGGAUAUGAGCAGAAAACAAGCUGAUGGGCUCUCUGGAAACAAAGAGACAGCACGCUGGAUGGAUAUCAGGGUUUAGAGAGCACACUGGAGAUUGUAUAAAGAAUAUAUUAAGAGACAAUGUGAUAGGCAGCUGAUCAAAGACUGACAGGCUGUGUCAGCUAAUUAAAAAUUCUGUCACCAUUGACUGACAGAGUGAUUGAUUCUCUCCUUUAUUACCAUCCAAAAUGGAAGUGUUUUGCUGUAAUCUCAAUCUUGUUUCAAGGAUUUUUACACCGACAUGUGCAUACAAAUACAUGCACAGAGGCACACACUUGCAGUCACUAAUUCACACAUAUGGUAAACUCACAGAAACACAAGCAAGUAUUCACAUACACACACACACACACACACACACACACACACACACACACACACACACACACACACACACACACACACACAUACAGUGCACAUUCAGUACAUAUGUGAACCAGUGCAAACUAGGGGUAGACCAGCUAUCAGUUCACUGCUAAUGAUUGGCGUGUAGUCAUGCUGUAUAAAUGUAUCGAUAUUUACAAAAUCAGAGCCAAUAAGGCACCAAUUGAAUCUGUUUGAAUUACAGUGAAACUAGAUGUUGAUGUCUGGAGUUUUUCCUAAUUCAACACACAGGAACGCUCCAUUGACAUGCUACAGUGUGAAGAGCCCAAAGCCAUCAUCUUUCAUGUAAUUAAGCACCAACCAUCUGUGACUUUUUGCACCGUCACAGUGAGGACAUACAGAAAGUUACCUAUAAACUAAAGAGAAAAACCAACAAGUUGUUUUGUUAUUCCCCAGUAACAAACAAUCCCUUGUUCACAUUAAAUAUACAAUAGGUCAUUUUUCCAUGGCUAUAUACUUGUUGUGUAGCAUUCAGGCCAUACCGCUACAGCUAGCUAUUUCAUUAAGCUACAACUGGGCAACAAAAAUCAAUAAGAAAACUGACACUGCGAGUCUACACAUCUUAUCAAAAUGUAUAAAAGAAAUCAGUAUACUUCAUCAGGUCAAGGUACGAUAUCCCAUUUAAAAUGCAAUUUAUAAUCAAUAACCAAUGUCCUUGCUAGAUUAUAACACAGUAAGUAUUGGAAAUGGCAUUUUAAAACAAACUACAUAUUGGCAGACAUGACAGAAAUUAGAAAAAAAAAGAAUCUGUAAAAUCCUGCAUGGGUCUUUCCCUGUUGCAAACACACAAGACACACAGACACACACCAGUGCUUAUGUCACAGCAGUUUAGAGUCUAACCACUAAUCUCACGAGGGCCUACUUCAGCUGCUUGUGGGGACAAGUUGUUACCAAUUAGUAUUCUGGAUGACACCACAGUGACUAAUCAAAAAAUCUAUAUCCAAAAACACCCUGUCUCUGCAUUUUUGUAAGCUGUCCCAUAACAGUGUGUGAGCUCCCACGAUGACCUUCUCUUCCUGAUCUUCCUCUUGUAUGUACAAUAAAAGUGUGUAUUUUAAACAGAAUGCACUGGUGUCAACAUAC